CUGCAGCCCCACUCAGACCCCACUGCGGGAGCAACCUUGUCCACCACAGUCAGGCAGCGUAAAAAAAAGGAUGUUAGACAAAGAGGAAUUUUUCCCGGACACUUCCCCGCGGGAGCUGACCCAGAACCCGCUGAGGAAGAUCUGGUUGCCAGGCAAAAGCGGCCACAUAGUCCAGAGACGCGUUUGUAUGACCAACUGUCCCACCCUCAUCGUGACGGUGGGACUUCCAGCCAGAGGGAAGACGUACAUCUCCAAGAAGCUGACACGCUACUUAAACUGGAUAGGAGUGCCCACCAAAGAGUUCAACGUGGGUCAGUACCGCCGAGAGCGUGUGAAGAUCUACAAGUCCUUCGAGUUUUUCAGUCCCGAUAAUGAAGAAGGCGUCAAAAUCCGACGCCACUGUGCCAUGGCAGCUCUGAACGACGUGCGACACUACCUGAGUGUGGAAGGAGGACAAGUGGCGGUCUUCGAUGCUACGAACACAACGAGAGAACGAAGAGCAGCCAUCGUCAAGUUUGCAGAGCAGAACGUGUUCAAGGUGUUCUUUGUGGAGUCCGUGUGUGAAGACCCGGACAUCAUCGCACAGAACAUAGUGCAAGUCAAGCUGGACAGUCCAGACUACAUCCACUGUGACUCCCAGGAGGCCAGAGACUUCAUGAAGAGGAUCAAGUGUUACGAGUCCUCCUACCAGCCCCUGGAUGACCUGCUGGACAGGGAGCUGUCCUACAUUAAGAUCAUGGACGUGGGCCGCCGGUACCUGGUGAACCGCGUGCAGGACCACAUCCAGAGCAGAAUCGUCUACUACCUGAUGAACAUCCACAUCACGCCGCGCUCCAUCUACCUCAGUCGCCACGGCGAAAGCGACCUCAACAUCAAAGGACGCAUCGGAGGCGACUCGGGCUUGACGGCGCGAGGCAAAGAGUAUGCCAAAUGUCUGAUGAAGUACAUCCAGGACCAGAACAUCAAGGACUUGAAGGUGUGGACCAGCCAGAUGAAGAGGACCAUCCAGACCGCAGAGUGUUUGCAAGUUCCUUAUGAGCAGUGGAAGUCUCUCAAUGAAAUUGAUGCUGGUGUGUGUGAGGAGAUGAUGUAUGAGGAGAUCCAGGAACAUUAUCCUUUGGAGUUUGCCCUCAGAGACCAAGACAAGUACCGCUAUCGCUAUCCCAAAGGAGAGUCGUACGAAGACCUGGUGCAGAGACUAGAGCCUGUCAUCAUGGAGCUGGAAAGGCAGGAGAACGUUCUGGUGGUUUGUCACCAGGCUGUGAUGAGAUGUCUGCUCGCUUAUUUCCUCGACAAGACUGCAGAUGAGUUGCCUUACCUCAAGUGUCCUCUGCACACCGUCUUGAAACUCACACCUCUGGCUUACGGAUGCAAAGUGGAGUCCAUUUAUUUGGGCGUAGACGCAGUGAACACACACCGAGAGCGACCGCAGAACAUCAACGUGCAGCGCAGCACGGAAGAAGCGCUGCAGACCAUCCCGCCGCACUUCUGAUCCUUCGCUUGAAGCCCUGAGCUUCUCUCGCCGUCAUGAAGAUGCUAGCAACCUGCUUGGGGGGCCAAAAAAAAAAAGAAGUCACGUUUGUGCUCUGAAGUUGACGGACUGGGAAGUUUGCAGCUCUCGUGCAUUUGAGUCAUCGCCAAACUGUACAGCUUGUUGCAAUUUUACAAAGGUGUUAUUAGAAAAAGCUUGGAUUAUUUCUAUUUUUUACAUGUGGUCGUCGUAUAAGCUGUGCAGUCGUCACACAGAAGGAGAAUUCAGUGACAUGCUUUGCCUCAACACUAGACUUGUGGAAGAAAAUAUAUUUCUACUCAUUUGGGAUGUGUGGUUGUCGGGGUCAUGACACACAAAGGUCAUCUUUGAAGGUGUAAGUUAGGGGUAUCCAAUGUGCUUAAAUAUUCUGAAAAUGAUAUAAUUCAAUUGUAAGUUAUUACUCUAAUUGACACAUUUGCAAUGUUACUUUGGACUAUUUUUAGCAUCUUUACUGUACAAAAAUGGUCAAAAUAUCUCCAGCUCUUUAAUAUGUGACUUGUAGUGGAAGAUGUUUGGACACCCUGACAUCAUUUUAUAAAUACAUGUGUUACACUGAAUUUUUAUAUCAUUAAAAAGUUGUACAAAUGUCAAA